UGAACAUCUUGCCCACGUCAAAGAAGAAACGCUCGCGCAGCUGUAGGAACCGUAUUUAUUUAUUUAUUAUGUCUCACUGUUUGUUGCCUCUCGUUAAAUUUUCGUGGCUUCGAACCUCUUGAGACCACAAAAGGAGACCAGUGGAGCCCAGCAAGAGGAGCCGAAUAGAGUCGGAUAACCCAGCAGAUCCUUGACCCAGCCAGUCUUCUGCUUCAGUCAAUUGGAGAAUCGAAUCCACUUUUACUCGAUCAUCAGAUUCAAUCAUUACUCACAAUGAGACUCUCCAUGAAUUCUCUGCUUCUACUCUGUCUUCUGCUGGCACUCUCAAGCCAUUCCGCAGAGGCUAGUAAGUCGGUCGGUAGAAGGUUAGAAGAAACACAAGACGAAGAAGAACUAAUGAUGGAAGAAGAUUUUGGAGAAGACCAACUGGUGGUCAUUCCCGUUCCGGCUACUGCUUCCCUCCACGAUGACACUCCCUCAGCUCCCGUGCCUGUGGUUCCGGUGCCCACUCCACCACCUGGAAAUCGCACGCAGCAUCCUACCACACCCUCUCCCACGAUCACACCCGACGAUUUCAACACCACGGCUCCCACUACGGUAGCUCCUACUUCCGUGGCUCCUACUCCCGCACCUUCCCACAAGAAUGAGACUCCCGCCCCCACACACGACACUGCCCCACCCACAGCUGCUCCCACGGCUGCUCCCACUACAGCUGCUACUGGACUUUCCUUUUUUCGCAUGAUGGGAAAAAUGAUUGCCUGGUGCAUCCUCCUAGGAUUGGGUGUGUUGUUGUAUGGAUUUUGCAUUCAACACCAAUAUCAAAUUGCCUAUUAUGCACGCCACUGCGGACAUUGUCUGGUCGGUGUCAAUCAAUGGUUGCUGCAAAAAAUUCGGCCGUCCCACAAUUUGCAUUCCGGUUACGCCGCCAUGUACGCGUCGGAACGAAACGAUGCCCAAUCGUCGGCACUGCUCUUUGAUGCACCGGAUAAUUCAUUCUUUGGAAAUAAUAACAAUAAUGGUGACUAUCAUGACGGUGGUUUCGUCAUGGGACAACAUUCCAAUCAACAGUUUCAAAGUAUGGGAUAGAAGUCAAACAAACAAACAAGCAACAACAAUUGUAUCUGUACAUUCUCAAAAGCGUGAGGUAGAAAAGCGAAAGUGAACCUUGUAGAAUUGAUUUUUAAUACAGUCGGUGUGCAGGCGCCAUUUUUUAGAAUCAUUCAUUCAUUCAUACAAUUCAAUUAAUCUGCGGCG